AUGAGUGAUGAUACCGAUGUUGAAGUGGAUACGAGCCCAAUGCCGGAAGAUGGAAGUCAUAGGGUAGCUACGAAACGAGAUUCUGAAGAGGCUGGCGGCACUGAAGAAUCAGAACAGACGAGGCCGAAGAAAAUUGUCAAAUUGGAGGAACGAAAAGUGCCCAAUAUUGCUCUAGAGUUGGCCAAAAAUCGAACUGCUGCCAAGGGUCUUUCCCCUAGCCCCAGAAUUCACACAUCCAUUCCGCUAACAUCGCUUCUGUCAGGAGAACCCAAUGCUAAUGGUGAAGAGAGCAUAGCAAAAGCAGGCAGCUCGGAGCCGGACAUUAGACAGAGCAUCUUGGCUAACACUACUCGCCUAAAAGUAUCCUCUUUACUAUCCUCAGACGUGAGUACUCAACAUGACAGAAAUACUGCACCCAAGAUUAUUCUCCCGACUCAAACAACUGUCAAGAGUCUUCCAGAUCCAGACGGUCCGGGUUUCUUGAUCGCAAGGACAAACUCCCCCGUCACUUUUUUGCCUAAAACCUUCACUACGACUCUCAAUAGAAGCCAAAGCGCUCUAAAUCCUUCUCUGACUCCUGUUAGUCCUUCGAUUGCCGAAAGAACUAUAUCGCUACCAGUACCGAGUGACGAAGCAGCGCCUCUACCAGCCCUCAAGUCUGUUCCAAAGUCAAGAGCCGCGAAGACGAUAGUCAAACCUACUGCGCGAAAGCAGGCCACGAAGAAAAAGACAAAUCCAAUUGCCGAGACAAGCUCUGGGGACACAGAGAAAACUGAGUCAGCUUCAACUAUGCAAAAGUCUUCUCCAGAACCAAAGAAAGUGGUCGAUGUUAAAAAAGUUGUCAGACAGCGCCGCACAACAAAAUCCAAGGACACGAAAGAAGUUGAUCCUAAUCCUCAACCCGUUAAAGUCAUUAUCGAGGACAUGCAAAAGGUUGGUAAUUCUCAAGGUCCUGCAGAAAGGGAAAGCGAAGCUGAAUCGAGCAAUCAAGUUCACCUGGUAAAUGUUGAUAAUGAUGUAAAGCCUUUAGAUCCAGAAAAAGGCGUUUUAGCUACAACCGCUAAGAAGAGUACCAAAACUGCAGUGGCUAAGAAGGACGGUAAAAGCAGUGACUUAAAGAAAACAACGAAGACCGCAGAUUCCAAAAAGGAAAAGAAGGUUCAAGCAGCCAAACCUGACAGCCAGUUGGAUUCAAAAAAGCCUAGACGAGAAGCAGACGUUAAGAAAACCUCUAAAGCAAGUGUAGUUAAGAAAGAAUCACAAUCGGUGGAAGCAAGCGUUAAACCAGGCGAUUCAAAAAAAGAUUCAAGCAGCACUAUUUUGAAGCAGGAUUCAAAAGUUAACGGCACAAAAACAGCUUCCAAGGCAGUUGAUUCGAAAAAGGAAGCAUCUGCUGUCGAGAAUUCAAAGGAAUCAAAGUCUAAAGAUGGUAAAACUAAUACUAAGGAUGAAGCUAAAAAAGAUACUAAAGCCAAACGGAGUAAUACCAGUUCUAAGAAGAAGGACCCUACCCCACAACCUUCGAAGAAGGUAAUUGAAUCUAAGGGUCCACAAGGCAGUCCUAAAAAACUAAUUCCGGUUUCUCCUCUGAAGUCGCCCACUAUACUUGAUGGCCUGGAUAAGGGCAAAAGUACGGAUGAGCACGAAGACCCAGUCAUUCUCAUCGAUGUGCCGUUAUAUCCGACAGAUUCUAAAAACUACUUGAACGAGAAUGGUCAGGUUGUUUUGAAUUUUUACAAAAUGGUUCAGGAUAAAUUUGGUCAACCCAGUAAAAUAAAACGCAACUUAAUAUCUGAGCUUCACGGCGGUGAAGAAGAUGACGAUGAUGCUGCAGAAGUCGAAGAUGACGAUGGAGUCGACGAGGAUGAAGAUGACGAUGUUGACUUGGAUGAUAAGCCUGGAUCUUCUGCAGCUCCAAUUGCGUCGCCUAAGAAAAAAUCGCAUCCCAUGAAAGGAAGAAGUCUAAUAGGAAAGUACGAUACAGAAGAUCCGUUCAUUGACGAUUCCGAGUUAUUGUGGGAGGAACAGCGGGUCGCUACUAAGGAUGGAUUCUUCGUAUAUUUCGGUCCACUUAUUGAGAAAGGUCAGUAUGCGAGCUUCGAAAGAGUAAAUGGAACUAUGAAGAGAGGAGGAAUCAAAUAUUCAAAAUGA